AUGGCUCCAUACGACAGUGACUCGUCAGGGGGCGAGGAUAACGAUUUCACAGAAACCAACGUCCUGCUAGGCUACGCCUCUAGCGAAGCCAACGGCGAAGAAAUCAGUCGUCUUGGAGGCCGCCCGGACUGGCUCGAUGUUGGUAAUGCGCCCUCGGCCGCACUAGCCAUAUGCAAGGUCUGCAAGGACCUGAUGGUGCUUCUCCUCCAGCUCAACGGAGAACUUCCUGAACAGUUUCCCGGCCACGAGCGGCGCAUAUACGUUUUCUCUUGCAGGAGAAAGAGCUGCCGCAGGAGAGAGGGAAGCAUCCGGGCUAUACGUGGAGUCAAGAUCGCACCCGAUGCGCCAAAGGUGGUGUCAGAAUCUUCCAGAGAUAACAAGGAAAACAAGCCGUCAAAGGAGGCCCCCGUUCUUCCCAAGGCGUCGUCACAGGGUCUAGGGGAGUCGCUGUUCGGAGUGAAGCCCGCUGCUGCUUCGGCAGUAGGGACAACUGCGCGUGUCAAUCCCUUUGCCACAUCUUCCUCGCCGGCUACAAUAUCUACAAAUCCCUUCGUACCUAAACCUGCGUCGGCCACUACGACACCAGUGAACCCCUUUUCCAACCCGCAAGCAGUCACGCCGCCAGCACCUGAAGUGAAGACAGAGAACAUUGCCGCCUCUACUACAUCCGACGACGACGCAGCAAUCAAGGAUCUCCCCAAGACCUUUGCAGAGACGCUCACGCUUAACAACCCGCAGACCGUUUCCGAGCCCAGCUCACCCCCAGACCCGUGGCCCGAGACUUCGGAGCAGCCUGCGCCGUUCCCCGUGCGGUGGCUAGCGGACGCCGAGUACGAGACUCUGGACUCGACGCCGCUUCCGCCGCCGGGCAAGUUUGUCGUAGAGACGGAGGCAGAUGCCGCAAGCAGUAAUGGAAGCGGCGGCGGCAAGGAGGACAAGGAAGUCUUUGAGAGCGUCAUGGAUGCAGCCUUCCAAAAGUUUGCGGACCGCGUCGGGCAGAACCCCGACCAGUGCCUGCGGUAUGAGUUUGGCGGCCAGCCGCUGCUCUACUCCAAGACGGAUGCCGUGGGGAAACUGCUUCACGUCAGUGCGGACACCGGCCCCAAGGUCACGACGGCCGGCGCUGGCGUCAUCCCUCGGUGCACCAAUUGUGGGGCUGGGCGCGUGUUUGAGGUACAGCUAGCUCCUCAUACUAUUGAGGAGCUUGAGAUUGAGGAGGAUGGGCUGGACGGCAUGGACUGGGGUACAGUCAUUGUUGGUGUCUGCGAGAAUGACUGCCAGGAGCGAGGCGUGGCGGCUGGCAAGGCUGGAUACGUGGAGGAGUGGGCUGGCGUUCAGUGGGAAGAGCUCACCGUGAAGCGGUAG